UAACCUCCAUCGCGGGCAAACCCUAACCAAGCGCGUGGUAAAUUGAAUUAUUAUCACACACAACUAAAGUUUCAAUCGCUAGCUUGGCUUCUUUCUUUCUCAAAUUUAUAUAUGUAUAGUAGACAGGAUCGGAGAUAGAGGAAGUAGCUUAGCUAGGAAUUGAUCGAUCGAUCUUUAAACCAUCCAGGCCAGCUAGCUACAGAUAGAUAGAUAGAUAGAUCUUUAAGAUCGAUCAUGAUCAGCUGCUGCUGCUAUGCUUUAAGGCCAUGGCGGCGGCGUGGCAGAGCUAGCUGCUAAUUAAGGCCGGUCUUCGUACGUCCUUCCUUAAAUGCUUCCCAUAUAUAUCACCAACCAAAAGUCUACUCUCACUUUCUUCUGUCCAAGAAAAACCAAAAAGCUGCAAUUUUUCUUUCUUUCAUUUCAUCCCCGGCAACCGAUCCAUCUACGCGGAAUAGAAUAGAAUAGAAACCAUUAAAUUACACCCAUCCAGCUAGAUAGAUGAUGAGUCAAGAAAGAUAAUUAAUUAAUACCCAUCCAGUAAUUAGUUAAACUGUCAUUUUGAAUUCGACAUAUAUAUAUGGCCGGCUUUUUCUCUUUAGCUGGCGGGGGGACAGGAGGAGCCACCGCCAACGGCCAAGAUCACCGGGAAAGCGCCACCAACCGCCCUCACGGCGAAAUCAACCCGGAAAGUUGGUUUAUUUACAGGAAUGACGACGACGUCCAGCAAAUGCCCGCGGCCGCCGCCUACAGUAACAAUAAAGGGUUCGAGAUAUGGCAAGAUCAGCCGCAGCAGCACCAUGUCCGCCACCACCUCAACAGUUACCCGCUGGUGCAGGAUCUCUACUCCUCCGAGAACCAGUCGAGGUCGGCCGCGUUCGUGGCGAUGAUGCGGUGCGGCGGGAUCAGCUGCCAGGACUGCGGAAACCAGGCAAAGAAGGACUGCUCGCACAUGAGGUGCAGGACUUGCUGCAAGAGCCGGGGGUUUCCCUGCCACACCCACGUGAAGAGCACGUGGGUCCCCGCCGCCAAACGCCGCGAACGGCACCAGCGACACCACCACAGCGAUAAUAAUCAACAAAGCCUUCGGCUCGAUAGAGAGUUGCCAUCAACCCCAAAAAGACGACACACAGAGGGCGAUGAUCCAGCCGCAACUACAGCCGGGUUAGAGCUGGGGAAUUUUCCGGGGAAGGUGAGCACAACAGCGGCGUUCCAGUGCGUGAGGAUGAGGUCGGUGGAUGACGGAGGCGACGAUCAGUACGCUUACCAAGCCUCCGUCACCAUCGGCGGCCAUCUUUUCAAGGGGAUCCUCUACGACGAAGGCCCCGAGGAGGCUCAGUAUCACUUGACACCGGCGGGGGAGGCCUCCUCCGGCUGCGGAAGUGCCGGCGGCGGACUUCAACCGCACCACCAGCAAAACCACAGCAGCUUACUCCUUAGCACGGCCGGCGCCGCUUCCUCGAGAGCUGCCACGGACCCGGACCAUCAUCACGGAGGGUCCGGGUACGUGGACCCCUCAUCAACUUAUCCGGACCCGUUCAUGGCAGCUGGUACGUUCUUCCCGCCUCCGGCAAGAUCUUAGCCCGGGCCCCACCGUCGUUGACUUUAGUCAUCGCAUUGUACAACGGUUGUAGCACGACGUACAUGCGAUAUAUACAUACAAACAAAUUGUAUUAUUAAUUGGUAGAGUAUUUUUUAUAGGAUUGGACAAAAUAAAGGAGAGAAACGCGGGUCUUCUGUCUGGUUUAAUUUCCACAUGAAAUGAUCAAAUCUCAGCGAUCGAGUCGUUGAAAUAACCUGUAUGUGAAAUACAAAAGUAUAUACAUAAUAAUAUACUCCGUACUACGUAGUAGUAUUUAUUUAUGAAUUAAAGUACAGUCUCACUUAAUUAAAUAGCUAGCUAGCUUUUGGAAUAUAAUGGGUACAUUCAUAGUAUAUAUUUAUGGGGGUGAUUUCAUUUAAUUUUGUUGUAUUUGUGUGUGGUAUAUUAUAAAUAUAUGAUGAUUGAGUGUAUGUACGUGUUUAUAGUCUUCAUAGGUUGAAUAUAAUUAGC